CUUUCACCUAGUAAAUGAAGUUUUUAAAUUUUCCAGCGACAUGUGUCAAAAUAAGGGUUUCUAAAGUUUGUAAAGCGGAUAGUAUUGUGAAAAUCGAGCAAAUUGUUAGAAUAGGCAAAAUUUUGGAAAAGCUUUAGCACUCAUGGCUGACGAAAAUCCCACCGAUUCACAAACUCCGGAAAAACCUAGUAACUCCGCUGAAAAGGAGUUGCCUGAUGAAGAUGAAGAAGGAAGCAAGAACCCAAAGAAAAUCAGCAUUACUGUGAAGUCACAAAAACAAAAAGAGAUAUUUGAAGUUGAUGAAUCUCUAGACGUAAAGUCUUUCAAGGAACUAAUCUCACCGAAAUUUAACGCUGAACCGACCCGAUUAAAUUUGAUUUUUGCUGGAAAAAUAUUAAAAGAUCAUGAUACUUUACUGCAGCAUAAUAUUCGAGAUGGAUUAACUGUUCAUUUGGUAGUUAAGACAGUUCCAGUGCAGAGUUCAUCGACACGGCCUCAGGGUGAUGGUGCUCAAGCAUCUUUUGGCAACUUGGGUGGUUUAGUAGGGUUAAGUUCCAUGGGAAUGAAUUCUGGAAAUUUGGUUGAGAUACAGCAACGUCUACAAAGAGAAAUCCAAAGCAAUCCAUCUCUUCUGCAGUUUUAUUUAGACAAUCCAUUAACUCAAAGUUUGAUGAGUGAUCCUGAACGUAUGAGAACACUGAUAACUAGCAACCCACAAAUGCAAGAGUUAUUAGAACGAAACCCUGAAAUUAAUCACAUGCUUAAUAAUCCAGAAGUUUUACGACAGACAAUGGAAUUAGUUCGAAAUCCAUCUGUAUAUCAAGAGCUGCUCAGAAGCAAUGAUCGUGCAAUGGCUAAUCUAGAAAGCAUUCCAGGAGGAUAUAAUGCACUACAAAGAAUGUAUCGAGAUAUUCAAGAACCUAUGCUGACCAGUUUAACUGAACAAUUCACACAAAAUCCAUUUGCAGGACUCGCUGAAAAUACUGGCUCAAAUCAGCAGAACAGUCGUUCAGUACCAAAUCCAUGGACUAGCCAGGCCAACUCUGGCUCUCAAAAUAGAUCAAUGGCUAGCGUUAUGCAGCAGAUGCUCGAAAAUUCGGAUUUAAUGCAAAAUAUGUUGUCAGCACCAUACACACAGUCCAUGUUAGCAGCUCUCUCGGCUGAUCCAAAUAUGGCAAAUACUCUACUUCAGGAAAAUCCUCUUUUAGCAGGAAACCCAGCUCUACAAGAACAGAUUCGAAAUAUGAUGCCACAAUUUUUGCAGCAGUUGCAGAAUCCUGAUAUGCAAAAUGUUUUAACAAAUCCACAGGCACUUAACGCAAUUAUGCAAAUACAGCAGGGCAUGGAAACGUUGAGACAAACAGCACCAAAUUUGCUAAAUCCUCCCACAAAUCCUACCACAACAGCUGAACCAGUGACUAGUACUACUACAACCACUACUACAGCAGGGACUACUCCAAGUACAACGCCAUCAACAGACACCUUUGCCGAAUUUAUGGCUCGCAUGGUAGCUGGUAUGAAUCAGCAGCAAAAUUUACCACCAGAACAGCAAUAUCAAGCUCAGUUGGAGCAAUUAAUGGCCAUGGGGUUCACUAACAGAGAAGCUAAUUUGCAGGCUCUGGUAGCAACGUUUGGCGAUGUUUCAGCUGCAAUUGAGAGACUGCUACUUUCAGAUACAUGAAGGAUGUUGUGAAUGGCGAGAGGGUUGAACUCUUGACAUCAUGUGUUUUGUAUGUGUAAUGUUACAUUUAUUAUGUGGAAGUUUUUAAUAAAUACACAUUUAUUAGGUGGUAA